GAAGUGUUGCAACGGAGCAUCAGGGGAGGGAACCUCACAGACGUAAACAUGCUGAAAUGAAACUGAGAGAGGAAAGUUACAGUUUGCUCGUCAUUUCAAGCUGCUGCUUUUAAAACUCACAACUUUACAGAUAUGGCUUCGGCCAGCAUUCUGUUGUCAGAGGAGAGGUUCCUGUGCUCCGUCUGCCUGGACGUGUUCACAGACCCAGUCUCGAUGCCGUGUGGGCACAACUUCUGCAGCGCAUGUAUCCACACGUACUGGGACAGCAGGGACACUUGCCAGUGCCCGCUGUGCAAAAGGACAUUUUCCACAAGACCUGAACUCCAAGUCAACACCGUCAUCUCCGAGUUAGCUGAGGAGUUUAAGAAGAUGGUUCAAGUCAAAGCCUCAACUCCAGGCCCACAGCUUCCAUCGGUCGACGUUCUUUGUGACAUCUGCUCUGAGAUAAAGGAAAAGGCUGUUAAAUCUUGCCUGACGUGCCUGACUUCCUUCUGUGAGUUGCACCUGGAGCCACAUCGGAGAGUUGCUGGGCUCGCAGGCCACAAAUUAUUAGAGCCAGUGAAGAAUCUCGACGACAGGAUGUGCAAGACACACAACAAGAUGACUGAGCUGUACUGCUGCAUGGAGCAGGCCUUCAUUUGCGUCCUGUGUUUGAAAGACAAUCACAAGGGUCACAACGCUGUCCCCCUGGAAGAGCAUUACGAAAAGGUGGCUGCGACAAAAGAUGAGGCACAGGCAAAAAUCCAGAAGUUGAUACAAACACGGAUUGAGAAGAUAGCGGAGAUUGAAAAAUUACUCGAUGUCAGUGAGGUAGAUUCUGAAAAAGAGGAAAAAGACACCGUGCAGGUGUUCACCGACUUGAUCCAUUUCAUCCAGGCGAGCCAGGCCGAGGUUGUUGAGGCGAUCGAGGAGAGGCACAGUGCAAUAAAGCAAAAGGGUGAUGAGUUUCUCAAAGAACUGAGGAGGGAAAUUACUGAGCUCGAAAGCCGAAGCAGUCAGCUGGAGCAUCUGUCACAGUCAGAGGACCACUAUCAUUUCCUCCAGAGCUUCCCGACCUUGUCCAAACCUCCGCACAAGAACUGCCCCGACACAGAUCUCCGCCCUAACCUGUCUUUCGAGGCAACGCGAGGAGACGUGACUCGGCUGCAUCAGAGAGUUGAUGAAAUAAUGGAAAACAUUCCUGAGAUCAAAAUGAAAAGAAUGAGAGAACACGCGGUCGACUUGACCCUUGACCCCGACACUGCAAAUUGCGCACUUAUCAUAAGCGAAGAUGGAAAACAAGUUAAAGAUGAAUGGAAAGGGCAGAAAGUUAGCAGCAAUCCAAAGAGAUUUGAUAAAUGUUCUGAGGUUUUGGCAAAAGAGGGAUUCACGACAGGGAAAUUUUACUUUGAGGUGCAGGUGAAAGGAAAGACGUGUUGGAGCGUUGGCGUGGUCAGGGAGUCGGUGGAUAGAAAGAAUGAUGUAAAGCUGUCAACUGAAAAUGGAUUUUGGACCUUUGGGUUGGAUGAGGGCAAAUAUUCCUCAUCUGCAAACUCAAACAAUGUAGUAUUGAAAGAAGAGCUUCAGAAGUUGGGCGUUUUUGUAGACCAUGACAAAGGUUUGGUUUCUUUUUACAAUGCAGACUCUAAAUCAUGCAUCUGUUCUUUGAUAAGCCAUUGUUAUAGAGAGAAACUUUAUCCGUACUUCUGCCCUCAGCCAAAUGAAAAUGGAAGAAACUCCGCCCCUCUCAUCAUAACACCUGUACAAACGCACUAGUUCAUUUUUUAUGCCAGAGGACACAUUAUGUUUUCUGCCCAUUCUCGAGAACAUAUCUCAUGAACGCCCUGUGGGAAUUUCUUCUAAUUUGGUAAAAAUAUUCACUUGGACUCAAGGAUGAACUGGUUUGAUCCUGGUAGCCAUUGGUCAAAGGUCAAAGGUCACACGGACUUGAUAUGAAUCUGGAAAAAGAAUGUCUGUACACAGUGUAGUGUUAUUCUUACUGUCUGAUCCUUUUAUAUAAGAAUGGUAAAGUUUACCACCGUCAUAAUGUGGUGUUGGUUUUAAAUGAAGUAUUUUAUUUCAAUCGUUAAAAUAUUUACAUAAUAAAUUACACAUAUACAC